CUCCCAAAUUAAAAAGGAUAUCUUUCGCCGAGAAGGAAACUACUAAUCAGAGAGAUUCAGAGAAGUGCGAAGCCACACGAUAGUCACAAGCUGUGUAUUUUAAGACUCAAGAAACACCCCACCCCCAAAAAAGAAAUCUUUCGGUAAGAUAUCUGCCUUUAAUUGCUUCCCCUCGGUCUAAAAACGCUUGAAUCAGAAUUUUGCGGAAAGUCUGAAGAAUUCUCAAACGAAAUCGUGGUUGGGCAGCCAUGAAGGUCGUCCGUAGAAAUCUUGUUCCCGAUGGCCCAGGUAGUGUCAAGAUGAUUCCUGAGGAGUCUGAUGACCUCUGGCUUGCUUAUAAUCUGGUGUGUGAGGGUGACACCGUCAUGGCCGUUACUGUUAGGAAAGUUCUAAGAGAGAUGGCAUCUGGAGGAAGAGAUGCUGAACGUGUAAAGCUGAAGUUGGAAAUUAAAGUUGGGGCUGUGGAUUAUGACAAGGAAGGGUCAGUCUUGCGUAUACGUGGCAAGAAUAUCUUAGAGAAUGAGUAUGUAAAGAUUGGGGCUUUCCAUACCCUAGAAAUUGAACUACAUCGUCCUUUUGUCUUAAGAAAGGAUUUUUGGGAUUCAUUGGCAUUAGAUGUACUCCAUCAGGCAUCUGAUCCGGCUGCAAGUGCUGAUCUAGCUGUGGUUUUGAUGCAAGAAGGAUUAGCACAUUUGUUUCUCAUAGGCAAAAGUGUUACAAUAACUCGUUCUCGGAUAGAAACUUCAAUACCUCGCAAGCAUGGGCCUGCUAUUGCUGGUUAUGAGUCGGCUUUAAAUAAGUUCUUUGAGAAUGUCUUACAGGCUUUCUUGAAGCAUGUGGAUUUCAAUGUUGUUCGCUGUGCUGUAAUUGCAAGUUCAGGCUUCACAAAGGAUCAGUUCCAUCGUCACCUGCUACUAGAGGCAGAAAGAAGACAGUUGCGAUCUAUUAUUGAGAACAAGUCACGCAUACUUCUAGUGCAUACUACGUCUGGAUACAAGCAUAGUUUGAGGGAGGUUUUGGAUGCACCAAAUGUCAUGACUUUGAUAAAAGAUACAAAAGCGGCACAAGAGGUCCGAGCUCUCAAGGAUUUCUUCGACAUGCUUUCAAAUGAGCCAGCUCGUGCUUGUUAUGGGCCAAAGCAUGUUGAGGUUGCGCAUGAGAGAAUGGCUGUCCAAACACUUCUAAUCACAGAUGACCUCUUUAGAAAUGCUAAUGUAGAAACGAGGAAACAAUAUGUAAAUUUGGUCAGCUCAGUCAAGGACUCUGGGGGAACUGUCCACAUAUUCUCUUCUAUGCAUGUAUCUGGAGAACAACUAGCUCAACUGACAGGGAUUGCAGCAAUUCUUCGCUUUCCACUUCCAGACCUGGAAGACAUUGAGAUGUGAACGAAGGUUUCAAAAAUGAGUUUAGUGUUGGAAGAGUUUAUUGAGUUUGUGAAGAUGACUCCAAAUUUUGAUUCAUUGAUUGUGUUUAUGUCCAGAAGUAUGUGAUAAUUAUCUCUCCUAAUUUAUGAAUUUGUAUAAAAUAACUGAUAACAAGGAAUGCCUUUCUUUUUUUUUCC